AUGCUUCAUGCUGAAAGUAGAGUAAGGCUCUUGGAGUGUCAGAAUGAAAUCACAAUUGAACCAUGUUCUAAAAAAAUGAAGUCAGCAGAAGUGGCUUGUGGGAAACUCUCUGAUGAUGAUAACCAAGGUAUUCAGGAGGAGGAGGACGUUGAGAGAACGUCAGAUAAUUUGAUACCAGCAUGUGCCUCAGACAAUGAAGGGAAACAUGAAAUGCAGGAGCAAGGGAAAAUACCUACUGGUCUCUCUGAAACAGUGAAUGAAGUGUUCCAUGAAAGUGAUCUAAUGCUUAUUCAGCCAGUUGAUUCGGAAACUGUGCAGAAUAUAAAUCUGCCAUUUGCAUCAAUAAAUGACGCUGAAGUUGAAGAAAAGAAAGACCCUUUUAUUACAAAUAAUGUGAGUGAAGAUAAUAUUGAAAAUAGCAGUCCCUUAUUCUCAGUAAGUAGAAAUGCAUCAGAUGAAGAAUUUUUUACAAGCAAAGAAUUUAUUGGACCGAUUUACAAGCCUGCUGAAAGUAACAGACAGGACAAAUCUGAGAGUCUCAGCAAGUGUGGAAGCAGUGAUGGAGGUCAGAAUGAAUUGCAUGAAUACAGAGCUGAAAGAAAGGAGGCAGAGAAGAUGCAGACUGUUUGCUCUGCUGCACCAGAAAUAGAUGAUGAACUGGACCAGUUCUAUAAAGAAAUUCACCAGCUGGAAAAUGAAAACUUAGACACUAAUUUUCAGGAAAAAGAAACUGAAACUUCUCAGGAACAACACUCUCCCUAUAAUUGUAGUCAGACCUCACAAGAGGAUUAUGAACGCACCUUGUUGGACAGCUCACAACCCUGUUUCUACUUCUGUGAGAAGAAACAGUGUGGGGAACAGAACAGUCAGGAAACAAGCGGUGAACAGCAGUCUGUUGUGGAAACAAGUGACUGGAAAAUUGAAAAUACCUUUUCUGGACAAGUAGAUUCUAAAUACUGGAACUGCUCAGUGCCUGAAUUCAGACCUGCUUGGCAGUCAGAGGCUUUCAAAGUACCUCAGGGACCUCUUCAUCCUAGAUUCAACCAUCAGUCACAUUUUCAGGUACUUAAUUCCCCACCACAAAAAACAAAUGCUCUCCCAUUUCAGAAUAGUGAACUUUUGUACAAAAAUUAUCAUGGUUACCAUGGAAAUACUGAUAUUGACAGUCAUGGUCCAUUGCUUGAUCAGAGUACCGGCUAUGCUGGUCGCAUUGAUGUCCAUACUACUCAGGUCUUCAGAAAUGGACAUACUGACCAGAGUGAACUCCAAAAUAAUGGUUUCUGUGAAACCAGAGAAGAGUGUUGGAAGGAUCCAGAAGCUGAUGGUGCAGAAGGAAUGCACAGCUUUUCUUCCUUACAGUUACCUGAAGAAAGAUUCAGUUGUUCACAGAAAUUUCUCCUUAUCUUAAGAGGCCUGCCUGGUUCAGGGAAAUCAACACUCUCUCGGUUUCUGCUUGGCCAAAGUGGUGAUGGCAUUGUAUUCAGCACUGACGACUAUUUUCGUCAACAAGAUGGCUACACGUAUAAUGCUGCUCACCUUGGGGAUGCUCAUGACUGGAACCAGAAGAGAGCAAAGCAAGCCAUGGAGCAGGGAAGAUCUCCAGUUAUAAUAGAUAACACUAAUACUCAAGCUUGGGAAAUGAAGCCAUAUGUGGAAGUGGCUCUAGAAAAGGGAUACAGAGUGGAGUUCCAUGAGCCAGAUACUUGGUGGAAGUUUGAACCUGAAGAAUUAGAAAAGAGGAAUAAACAUGGGGUCUCUCGUGAGAAGAUUGCUCAGAUGUUGGAACGAUAUGAAUAUGAAAUAUCCAUUCCUAUUGUCAUGAAUUCAGUGGUACCUCCCCACAAAAACACUCAAAGGCCACCUCUGCAGCGAAGACAGAGGUGGGGAGGCAAUACAGACUCAUGGAAUUGUUUCAGUAUUUCCAGUAGCCGAUAACACAGCUGCAGUCAGUUAAUAAAAAACUGUUACUUGCCCUUCUAAAACACAUCAUCACCUCCAAUAUAGUAGUGGAUCUUCUGUGUUUUAAAUAGGCCUAUUUCAAGACCAUUUUCUUCUGGAGGUUGUUCCUUUAACAGACUUGCAUGUAAAUAAAAUGGUAC